AUGUCUAUCAAAGAAACACUAAUCACAUCAGGCCGAGACCUCAAGAUAUUAUGUCUACAUGGCAUUGGAACGAAUAGUGAUGUAUGUUACUCCUCAAGCCGACUCCUCUAUGUUAUCCAGUAUCUCUUUGUCUCCUCAUUCCGCUACUACCUCGGCGAUGGGUAUCAAUACGAUUUUGUCGAUGGUGGGCAUCUGUGGCCCGCAGCACCAGGGAUUGUUGAGACUUUUGGCCCACAGCAAGUUUGCUAUUCCUAUUCUGAUGGGACAGCUCUCGGCUCAAUCACCGCUGUUGAUGAUCUGGCUGCUUAUAUAAUAGAGAAUGGUCCAUUUGACAGUAUCCUUGGGUUCUCGAUGGGAACCGCUCUAGCGGCCACACUUCUUUUGCGACCCAAAGGGGAUUUGGAAGACAGCCAUACACAUGCCUGCGCACGAAGGAUGAUUCGCAGCGCAGUUUUUGUCUGCGGAACUUUGCCUGUAGACCGCAAUGAGCUAGCUAAGGGGAAAAUGGGCUGGCUGGUCGCAAGUCAAGUUGAAGCUAGCCCUGCCGCGGUGUGGCCAACGAUAGAUAUUCCUACUGUACAUGCAUGGAGCCCGCAAGACGAAGAAUACCCGGGGCAGAGUGAAGAACUGAUAUGCAUGUGUUCAGAGAAAACCCGGAUUGAAGUCCUCCAUGGAGCAAAGCAUGGGUUUCCGUCUAAAGCACAAGAGGUUGCUGAGUUGGUUACUAUUGCCAAGGAGAUGUUUGCUCGCCUUGGUCACAAUUAG